AUGGAUCUUGCUUGCCCCACUAGACCCGAGGCGGAGGAAAAGUUGGUUUCCGUGUUGUGUCUGCUGAAUGCAUUUGAUUUUUUGGCACGCUGUGACGCCGAGAUUGUUGAGCUUUUCAUGCUGAUUUCGCACGACAUUUUCAGCGUUUCCAAUGUGUUUGACGAGUAUUUUAUAGCUUCCUCGUUUUGGCUGACCCUUAUUAAUUUACGCAAAGUGGGCCCUGAUGAGGCGUUUACGCCUUACAUGCUUAUGGAUAAGGUUUUUGACCGCUUGGCCAUAAAUCCAACCCGCUUGUACAAUGCUCUUUUGCUGGUCAAGUCAUCCAGCUGUCUGGUUGACGAUGCCGAGGCGCUUGAUGGCCUUAUAUGCAGUGUUGCAUCUAGUGUCGAAAUUGCGCAGUGUUUCUUUUUUGUAAGCACCAUUGUUAACAGGCUUUCCAUCUCACGCGUGCCGUCCGAUUCUCAGAUGUUUCUUCUGAUAAGAUUGUGUAUUUUUCUCAACAAAAGCUUGGAUAUCAACGUUAGUGAAAUCUAUGUGCUCAAUGGGUCCAUUUCUUUUUGUUGGCGGUAUAUUUUGCUUUCUUUCGUGGUACUGCAGGAAAUCACGUGUAUCGGCGAGUUGGACAUGAUAAAGUGCUUCACGAUGCUAUAUGGGAUCUCAAAGCCAACAUUUUCGCUCGAUUUUUUUCUUCUCAACUGCUCAAGAUUCAGCGUCUCUUGCGAGCCUUUCAUUGAGCGCUUUUUCAAAAUGCAAGGAAAUGUCCUUGAUUUUUUGACCUUUGAUUUGACCUAUUUUAUUGAGAAUUCAUAUGUGGUAGAUAUUGAGCCAAUACCGUGGAAUGACUUGCAAAUCGAUCUCAAUGUUUCAUUGUUGUGUUCCCUGGUGGAGUCCUCCUCGUAUUGUGCAAGGAUCCUGUGUGUUGUGUGGAAGGGCUUUUUUGAUUUGUAUCCCUCGCAUACUUUGACAUUUAUGUCGCCCGAGUUUGUGUGCUGCAUUAACGCCAUAUCGAUGAUCAUUUCAAAUGUCGACAGCUAUUAUGGCGAGCUUUUAAAUGAAGUGUUGACCGCUCGGCUCGCUCUUCAUUCGGAGCUCAACUGCUCGCUAUCCAAAAUAGCUCUUUUAAUUGGCCCCACCAUCAGAAUUCUAUCUUCGCACUCGACAGACAUGUGUACUAGCAACAACAAGCUUGUGCAAUAUUUCAACCUGCUGAUGGAUAAAUGGAUUUGGAGCUCCAUAGACCACAUGGUUAGCAGAUCCAAAUUUUACUUGAAAGUAAUUGUACACAGACUCAAAUCGACCCUAUCGUUUUUCAUCAAAGGCCAUGAGCUUCAACUUUCCAUUCCGGCUAGAAGAAUUAUAUGGCAACUGGUGUUGUUCUCAAUAACAAAGGCAAGGCCAAGGCUUUUAAGGGAUGGUAUCAGCAUUGAUAUUGUGAUUAUGAGUGCCAUGUACACUGUUUGCAGAUUGUCGCUGGUGUAUCCACAUCUUUCUUCAGGGUCCCUCUCCAAUGUAGACGAACACCUGCUAUCGUUUCGAUACAUCUUAUCAAUUUACUUGCAGGAUCCCUCAAAGACGGAAUCCUCAUUUAGACGGAUCCCAAUUGAGCAGGCAUCAUCAGCAGAAAGCGAGUCUGAUCACGACCCAGAUGCCGAUUCUUUUGAGGAGGCUGAUAUUAUUACCUACUAUAACGACAUAUUCCUUCCUGCCAUAAAGCCCCUUCUUUGUGACAUUGAAGAGGGGAGAGAAGACGUUUUCCCGGAAUUUUUGUCCAUCAUGAAUGACAUGCCGGCGCUAUGGACAAUUUCCGGGGCCAUGCUUUUCUUUGCCACCGUGUUAUUUGGUGUCAAUUUGUGCUUUUCUAAGCGCCCCCAGUGUGCCGACUUGAAGUAUGCGGUCUUACUGGCGUUUUCGGCAUACAUUCUUGGCCCCAGCUUGAAUGUAUUUGAAUAUGUACCGUGGGCAAUUUUUUCGCUUCAAUUUUGUAAGGUAUCUUUCGCCCUAAUGGAGUGCUAUUUUGUUUACUUUUCCGAUAUGCCUUUUCGAAAUACAAUGACCAUCGAUCAUUUCAGGCUACUCCCGUCGAUUGCAUAUGUUUUUGGGUCAUGGGUGGGAUCGCUUCCUCUGGUGCUGGAUUGGAAUAGCAACUGGCAGCUAGCUCAGAGCAGGUUUUUGACACCUACACGCGGCAAAGAUGAGCGGGAAAUGGCGUACCUUCAAAAGAUUGAUGAUAAACCCGCGAACGUAGUUUAUGAGCGUACACCCGAUGAUGAAAAAGCCGAAAUAGUGAACCCAAAACUGGAUAUCAACUGGCAGCCCAAAAUAGCUUAUUACGCGUGGAAGAAACGAUGGAUGCAAAGUGGUCUUGUUGGAGGCGUAGUUUUUCAGAAAUAG